AUGAGACCACAUGGAGAUGAAGCAGCAGUUGGGAAUGAAGCAGCAGGUGUUAAUGAAAGUGCAGGUGUAGAUAAGGAAGAAGCUGUAGAUGAAGAUGAAUUUGAGAGGCAGUGUUUUGAUGCUGAGCGUCCAGAUCAUCGAAUGGACACCGACGAUGAAUGGGAUGCAUAUGAUGAGGAGGAAAGGGUGACAGCAAGAGCUAAAUACACGAAGGAUAAAACUAACUAUGACGUGAAGCUGUGUAGAUGGGGUGCAUCAAAGCUGGCUGCUAUAUGUAGCCAUGAGAAGUGCAAUUGGAAGAUAUACUGCUCUUCUCAUAAGCGCACAAGUAAAUGGAUAGUUCAAACCUAUGUCAAUACUCAUAACCAUGGUCAGAGUGGGAAAGCUAAAAUGUUGAAACAAGGGGUGAUUGCGAUAAUGUUUAGGGAUGAAGCUAGACGACGACCAGGAUUGAGGUGGACUGACAUCAAAGAUGAGAUAAUGAUGAGGUACACACUCUAUGUUUCUAAGUGGAUAUGUCAAAAGGCAAGGAGAAUUGCAUUGGAUAUGGUGAUAACAACCCAAAAAGAACAGUUUGCGAAACUUUGGGAUUAUGAGGCUGAACUGAAGAGGUCAAAUCCGAAUACACAUACAGAGAUUGUGACCAUACCUCAAGCAUCUGGUAAGCAACAGUUUGACAAGUUUUACAUUUGUUUUGAUGCUUCAAGAAGAAAAUGGAAGAGUUGUUGUCGGCCUAUCAUUGAACUUGAUGGGUCAUUCUUGAAAUGGGAACUGAAGGGUGAGAUUUUGGCGGCUGUUGGGAGAGAUGCAGAUAAUAGAAUCUAUCCUAUUGCUUGGGCAAUAGUUAGAGUGGAGGACAAUGACUCAUGGGCCUGGUUUGUUGAGAAGCUAAAGAAGGAUUUAGAUUUGGGUUUAGGUAGUGGUUUGACGGUGAUAUCCGAUAAGCAGAAAGGUGAACUUAAUGUUGUUGCUAACUUGCUACCUAAUGCAGAGCAUAGGCAUUGUUCUCGACACAUAUACGCCAAUUGGAGGAAUUCACAUGGAGACUACUCUCAUGAAGGUUAUUUUUGGGCUAUUGCAUGUAGUCCAGUAGAAGGAGAUUAUCAGUUCAAUAUGAGGGAUUUGAAAGCUUAUGAUGAAGCUGCACAUGAUGAUUUGCUGAAAACAGAACCACAUACAUGGUGUAGAGCCUUCUUCAAAGGGCAUUUUAGUUGUGAGGAUGUUUGCAAUAAUCUAUCUGAGAGCUUCAACCGAACAAUCAAAGACGCAAGGAAGAAGCCAGUCAUUAAUAUGCUUGAGGAUGUUAGGAGGCAAGCCAUGAAGCGUAUAUCAAAGAGACGUGAUAAGACUGGAAAAUGUCAAACUGGGUUCCCACCUCACAUAAUGGCAAUUGUUGAAGCCAAUCGAAAACAUGCCAAGUUCUGUUCAGUUCUCAAAAGUAGUUAUGAGGUGUUAGAAGGAAGUGGUAGCUUUUUGGUCAAUCUUCUUUGUAGGAGUUGUGCUUGUAACCAAUGGAAUCUUACCGGUAUACCGAGCACAAUCGUGAUCCAGAAGAGUAACUAUGUGGAUAGAAAGUUUCUGACAACCGUUUGGCAAGCCAACUACAAAGACAACAUAAAACCUGUAAAUGGAGAAAGAUUGUGGAUUGGAACAGAUAAAGGGGCUAUUGAAGUGCCUGACAAAAGAAAAAAAUGUGGGCGUCCUAAGAAGUUUGCUAGGAUCAAGGAACCAGGUCAUAAUAAAGGCACUUGCAAAAAUGCUGCUGUACAACCAGAUCCUACUCGCAAAAAAGGGAGACCGAGAAAGCGACUGGAUAAUGAUGAUCCAUGGAGCAUACACAAUGCACCAAAGAGGUGGCAGCAAGCUCAAAGCCAGUCCACUCCAACUGUUUCUCAAACUCAAUCCACAGAACAACCACAACAUUCAAGUGCUCCUGCAGUUGGUAGAGGACGUGCUCGUGGACAUCCUUCGGGAACUAAAAAUGGUGAAGGCAAGGGUCGUGUCAAAGCUCGGGGUAAAGGUCGUGGCAAAGGAUCAGAUGAAGCUCCUAAACCGCCAGUUUUCUUAAUGUCUCCAUGGACUGACAAAGUCAUUGAUGUUUGGCAACCCAAGAAAAACUAA